CUAUCCAUUUGGAAAAUCCAAAUUGUGUCACGUUGUACUAGAAUUGAAACACAUCCAUAUGAUAUGUGUCAUCAUCAAUGUCGGUUUCCGAAAUCGAAAAGUACAGACAGAUAAUGAUAAAAUAAGAAAAAACCCGUCCAAACAGCUAACAAAUCUGAUUAACUCACUUCAGCAAUCAACUCAUUCAUCUCCACCUCACUGAUUCGAUUGGAUUCGAUUCAACAACUCACUCACAGAGAAAAAUGGAUAUCACGAUUCCGAGUCGACAGUUAUUCAUCAACGGAGACUGGAAACCCUCCGCCCGCAACAAGCGGAUUCCGAUCAUCAACCCCUCCACCCAACAAAUCAUCGGGGAUAUUCCGGCGGCUACUAAGGAAGAUGUUGACCUCGCCGUCGCCGCCGCAAAAGCCGCCCUCUCCCGCAACAACGGCGCUGACUGGGCUGCUGCCUCCGGCGCUGUUCGGGCACGCUAUCUUCGCGCUAUUGCUGCCAAGGUUACUGAGAAAAAGCCUCAGCUAGCUAAAUUUGAAGCUAUUGAUUCUGGGAAGCCGCUUGAUGAAGCUGCUUGGGACAUUGAUGAUGUUGCUGGUUGUUUUGAGUACUAUGCUGAUCUUGCUGAGAAAUUGGAUUCCAAGCAAAAGGCACCUGUAUCUCUUCCCUUGGAUAAUUUCAAGAGUUAUGUACUUAGGGAGCCUAUUGGGGUUGUUGGAUUGAUUACUCCAUGGAACUAUCCUAUGUUGAUGGCUACAUGGAAGGUUGCUCCUGCUCUUGCUGCUGGUUGUGCUGCGAUAUUGAAGCCGUCCGAGUUGGCAUCCGUGACCUGUUUGGAGCUGGGGGAAAUCUGCAAGGAAGUGGGCCUUCCUCCUGGUGUGCUAAAUAUUCUCACUGGAUUAGGCCCUGAGGCUGGUGCUCCUUUGGCAUCCCAUCCCGAUGUCGACAAGAUUGCCUUUACUGGAAGCUCUGCAACUGGGAGCAAAGUUAUGACAGCUGCAGCUCAGCUGGUCAAGCCUGUUUCACUAGAGCUUGGUGGGAAAAGCCCACUCAUUGUUUUUGAGGAUGUUGACCUUGAUAAGGCUGCUGAAUGGACUAUCUUUGGCUGCUUCUGGACAAAUGGUCAGAUAUGCAGUGCAACUUCCCGCCUUAUUGUACAUGAAAGCAUAGCCAAAGAAUUUUUGGAUAGAAUUGUGAAAUGGAUCAAAAACAUCAAAAUUUCAGAUCCCUUGGAAGAAGGUUGCAGGCUAGGUCCUGUUGUCAGUGAAGGACAGUAUGAAAAAAUAAUGAAAUUUAUCUCAAAUGCUAAGAGUGAGGGUGCAACCAUUUUGACUGGUGGCUCUCGCCCAGAGCAUCUAAAGAAGGGAUUCUUUGUUGAACCAACUGUCAUAACUGAUGUGACUACUUCCAUGCAAAUUUGGAAAGAAGAAGUUUUUGGACCUGUUCUCUGUGUAAAAACAUUUAGCACUGAGGAAGAAGCUAUUAAUCUAGCAAAUGACACUAUCUAUGGCUUAGGUGCUGCUGUAAUAUCCAAUGAUCUAGAAAGAUGUGAUCGUAUUACUAAGGCUUUUAAGGCAGGAAUUGUAUGGGUCAACUGCUCUCAACCAUGCUUCACUCAAGCCCCAUGGGGAGGCAUUAAACGCAGUGGCUUUGGCCGUGAAUUAGGAGAAUGGGGACUUGACAACUAUUUGAGUGUGAAGCAAGUAACUCAGUAUAUCUCUGAUGAACCGUGGGGCUGGUACCAGCCUCCUGCAAAGCUGUGAGGGGCAUGUAAUAACUGACUUCAAAUAAAGUGUGGAUACCAAACUCGAGUAUGAUCCUAGAGUCGGAAAGACAUUUAGUAUGUCGUUGUAUAUCAGUUGAACCGGUUGCAGUCAAGCUUUUCUGAUGGUGUUUUUGGUAUCAUUCAUACUACCCAUGCCACCCUUUUUUAUAAGAGUAAUUUGACUAAUUUCUAUGCACCAUCAGUGUAUGUGUAUGAUAACAUUUUUCAAGUUUUUUUUUCCCAGAAUGGUCCUUUUUUUGUCAA